GAUAAAUAUAAACAAACGAAAUACAAGGCCAACUUUUUUCCCGCUAGUCAUCUCUGAGUCCGUGAGAAAGGCGAUCAGUGUCCUACCUGUUCGAUGAAUUGCCUCAGAGAAACAUUUAAAAAUCGUAUACCUUUAUGUACCAUUCACCCUCUUACCGCUUUCUUCCAUUCGGCACCAUCUCGAAACAUCCUCAAAAUCGGACAGCCCUUGAAGUUAACCCGCCAAUUCUCCGACUCGGAUAUAGCGGAAUAUUCCAAACUUAGCCGAGAUUCAAACCCUCUACAUUUUGAUCCUGAAUGUGCCAAAUUGGCUGGUUUUGAUGACAGGUUAGUCCCAGGAUUGCUUGUUGCGACCCUGUUCCCCAGAAUCAUCGCAGCUCAUUUUCCCGGAGCCGUUUAUGCGUCGCAAACGCUGCAAUUCAAGUUGCCGGUUUAUCUCGGGGAAGAGAUCACCGGCGUCGUCGGAGCAACGAGCAUCAAAGAAAUGAGAAACAAAUACGUAGCGAAAUUUUCGACGAAAUGCUUCAAAAAUGGGGAUACCCUGGUUAUUGAUGGUGAGGCCACAGCAGUUUUGCCUUCUAAUACUAUAGCUUUGGAGCAACAAUGACGUUUUGGCCUUGGAGGAUAACGGAGAUUGAGUCUCUCGGUCCCCGUGGAAAGGACACAAUAAUAAUGUCGACAUCGAAGUUUUGUUGAAAAGUUAUCUUCUACAGUAUUUCUUUUUUAGUUUAUUACAUUUGGGCAGCAAAAUUACUUUCUUCCUCCCAAUUUAAUUGACCAUUUUGUUUUUACUUUUUAUAAGAUGAGAAGUGGCCAUUAUGGUAAAGAACUAGUAAUAGUAACAUUCUUGACAUGUAAAAUAGUUUGAAAAACUUUGAGCGAGAG